AGCCGCACCUUCCAUCGAGAAGCGCGGAUCUGGCAGAAAGCGAGGCACCCGAACAUCGUGCCGUUCUUCGGCGCCUGUGACGAAGGCUCGACGUACUUCUUCGUGUGCGAGGAGGCCAAGAACGGCAAGCUGCUCGACUACCUCUAUCACGCAAGAGAAGAAGAAGGUCGGUCGCUAGUGUGGAGGAAGUUGCUGGACGCCGCUCUCGGCCUGCACUUCCUGCACGAGAGACACAUCGUGCACAGCGACCUCAAGUGCAACCAGAUCCUCGUGAGCAAGGACGGCGUGGCCAUGCUGACGGACUUCGGCCUGAGCUUCCUGGCCACGGAGCAGAGCGGAGACGAAGAGACGGUCGGAGCCAUCCGCUGGAAGGCGCCCGAGGUCAUCCGCAAGGACAAACCCGUGGCGCCCAACGCGCAGUCGGACGUGUACUCGUUCGGCAUGUGCGUGGUAGAGGCCGUGACUUGUGACGUGCCGUGGGGUCAGCGAGUACCCGAUCCAGUAGUGACGUUCCACGUGACUCGACAGAAGUUCAUGCCUCGUCCGAAGGCGUUCAAGAGCGACGCGCAGUGGGAAUUGGUGCUGCGUUUGUGUGCGUUUGAGCCUUCGCAGCGCAUGAAGUUGGCGGACGCGAUUGAAGUGAUCAGAGGCUUCGCGGAGGAGGAGCGAUUCCAGGAGAAGCUCCAGAUGAUGAUGGACGGAGAGGACGACGACUUGAGUGAUAUUGGAUUGGGUCUGAAGGAACCGCCAAAACUCGCGAAACCAACAGUGGGGAGUAUGCGUGCCAUGACGGAGAUGAAGUCACUUAGCAGAUCGAUCCGUUCGAGGCGUGUAGUGGAGCGUUUGGUCGCAGCAGCUUAG